AUGGCGACAGGACUAACCGCCACUAUAACCUUGAAACCCUUAAACCGUCACUACAAACCUCUAUUUCUUCAUCUUCAAAAACCAAACCCAACACUUAUCUUUUCUCCUUCAAGAUGCAGAACAAACCUAAAAUCCCAAAGAUUAAAAAGUUUUGCCCUUUGUCUUCUCAUGAAAGAUUCAAAACAUGAUACCCAAUUGAAAAUUGAAGAAGAAAAAAGCCCACCCAUUUUAAUCGUGUCACCAAGAAUAGAAGAGAAAUUGGCAAGGAAAAAAUCAGAGAGAUUGACGUAUCUUGUUGCAGCUGUUAUGUCAAGUCUUGGGAUAACAUCUUUGGGUGUUUUGUCUGUUUAUUUAAGAUUUUCAUGGCAAAUGGAGGGCAGUGGAGAAAUUCCUUGGUCUGAAAUGUUUGGAACAUUUGCUCUAUCUGUUGGUGCUGCUGUUGGAAUGGAGUUUUGGGCAAGAUGGGCUCACAAGGCUCUUUGGCAUGCUUCCUUAUGGCACAUGCAUGAGUCCCAUCAUAGAGCAAGAGAAGGAGCUUUCGAGUUGAACGAUGUUUUUGCGAUAAUCAAUGCUGUUCCUGCUAUCGCUCUCCUUAACUUUGGUUUCUUUCACAAAGGAUUGAUUCCUGGUCUUUGCUUCGGUGCGGGUCUUGGUAUUACAGUUUUUGGAAUGGCCUACAUGUUUGUACAUGACGGUUUAGUUCAUAGGAGAUUCCCAGUGGGUCCCAUUGCCAAUGUACCCUAUUUCAGAAGGGUAGCCGCAGCCCACAAACUUCACCAUUCAGACAAAUUCAAUGGAGUCCCAUAUGGACUGUUUUUGGGACCAAAGGAACUUGAAGAGGUGGGAGGACUAGAAGAGCUAGAGAAAGAGAUAAGUAGGAGGACAAAAUCAUACAAUAGUUCAUGA